CAUGUUGUUGUUGCACAAGAAGUUCACAUGCUCACAAAAUGGCCGCCGGGAACAGUGAAGCCAGUAGAGUCUUUUCGCCGUAUCGUGCCGCUGGAUUUAUUUCAAAUCACGUUCCACUUGCAUUGCAAGUCAGAGGUACAGAAAAUUUCGUUACAACUGCUGUCGGGAAAACAUUUCACAUUUACAAUUGCUUAAAGCUGAAUCUGCUUUUCGUGGGUGAAAUUCAGGAAGAUAACAUUGAUCUUAUUGCAAAUCAUGGGGAGUACACUGUAACAGCAGCAAGUAAAACCAUUAAGUUAUGGAAAAGAGGAAAACUGAUAAAGCAAUUCGAGAAGCACAAAUCAAAUAUCGUGUUUAUGCUUCCUUUUGGAGAGCAUAUCGUAUCAGCUGAUGAAAGUAAUUUGGUAAACAUAUGGAGUGUUCAAGACCUUGAUGUUUAUCUAACACUACCAUUUAGCAAAAAUGACUUUGAACUGACAACAGCCCUGCACCCGAGUACCUACUUAAAUAAGAUUGUAUUUGGGAGCAGGCAAGGACACAUGCAGCUGUGGAAUGUAAAAACAGGCAAACUCGUGUAUGAAUUUAACGGUUGGUCAGAGCCAAUAGUUGUGUUAGAACAGGCCCCGGCAAUCGACGUAGCAGCUGUUGGACUGGAAAGUGGGAAAAUUGUUUUACACAACCUUAAAUACGAUGAAACUCUUAUGUCGUUUAUGCAAGAAUUUGGCCCUGUUACAUCCAUUUCGUUUAGAACAGAUAAUGUUCCACUUAUGGCCACUGGUAGUACUUCCGGGCAUGUAGCGUUAUGGGAUUUAGAGAAGCGUAAAGUUCACAGCUGUUUACGAGAUUGUCACAGUGGAAGUGUCACAGGGAUGAAGUUUCUUCAGAACCAACCAUUGAUGAUAACCUCGGGACAGGACAAUUCGCUCAAGCUGUGGAUAUUUGAUAACUCCGAUGGUUCAGGUCGGCUGCUUAAAAGUAGAACUGGACAUUCGAAGCCUCCAACAUCCGUCCGCUUUUAUGGCUCCAGUGGGCACAUAAUUCUAAGCGCUGCCCUAGAUCGUUCGCUGAGGUACAUGUCUACGAUUAGAGACGAACAGAGUUGUGAGUUUUCUCAAGGUUCGUUAAUAAAGAUAUCAAAGAACUUAGGGUUGCGAGUGGAGGACCUAAAGCUUCCCCCAAUCACCGAUGUGGACUCAGAUCCUACACGUUCAAGUGACUGGGACAACGUUGUGACAUGCCAUUCUGGAUCAUCUGUUGUGCGUACAUGGAGACUCCAGAACAGAUGCAUUGGUAAAAAUUCUUUGGGUAAAGAAUUGAAAAAGUUACAUGGCAGUAUAGCCGUGGUUGCAAGGAUAUCAAGCUGUGGAAAUUUCGUCAUUGUUGGCUAUUCGACUGGUUUUAUCGAGAAGUUCAACCUGCAGUCUGGAAUUCAUCGAGGGUCGUUCAUUGAAGCAAAUAACAAAGCGCACAUUAAAUCAGUUAAAGGUGUAGUUACAGAUUCUGCAAAUCUUCUUGUUGUUAGUGGGUCGUCUGAUAAAACAAUCAAGUAUUGGGAUUUUAAAUCUCAUAAAUUCAUAUCAAGUCAAGAGCUGGAAUUCCCAAUUCGGCAACUUGUUCUUCAUCGUGACAGCUCAUUAAUGGCAGUUGCUUUGGACGAUUUCACAGUAAAGAUUAUUGAUAUAGAUACAAAGAGAAUGGUCCGAAAUUUUGUAGGCCAUCAGCAUUCAAUAACAGAUAUUGCUUUCAGUCCUGAUGCAAGAUGGCUCAUCACUGCAGCAAUGGAUACCUCCAUCCGCUUAUGGGAUUUGCCCUCUGCAAGACUUCUCGACUGUUUCCUCGUUGAUUCACCUGUAACAAGUUUUUCAUUUUCACCAACUGGAGACUUCCUUGCAACUUGCCAUUUGGAUGACAUUGGUGUAUAUCUCUGGUCAAAUAAAUCCCUUUAUAAAGACUUGUACUUAUCACCUUUGCCAAAGGAUUUUGUCCCACGGCGGGCAAAUCUACCCACUACUAUUAUCACUGAUGAUGAAAGCGUUGCAACUAUUGGAGAAACUACACCCAUAGAUAUAAAGGAACCAGAGGAGACCCAGACAGCAGACGAAAGUCUUCCUGAGCAGAUCAGCAACGAGAUUAUCACUCUUUCCGCUUUGCCAGCUUCCAGAUGGAGGAAUCUGCUCGACCUCAAGCUCAUCAAGGAACGAAAUAAACCUAAAGAGCCUCCACAGAAGCCAAAAGCUGCCCCAUUCUUUCUCCCGACUAUACCAGGGCUGGAACCCAAGUUUGAUACGUCACAGGCUGAGGAUACCGCCCAUGAAUCAAGAGUCGUAUCCACAAACAUCUUUUAUGAAAAGACAAGAUUUCAGAUGUUAUUGGAAGAAUCAGCAAAAUCUAGAAACUAUGAUGCUGUUAUGGACUUGCUCAAAGAAAUGAGUCCUUCUGCGAUUGAUGUCGAGUUAAGAUCGGUUGCACCCGAGGUUGGUGGUAAUGUCGAUAUGAUGGAGAUGAUGCUUGAUUUCUUCAAGUACAGAAUGAAAGAUGGUCGCGACUAUGAACUGGUGCAAUCGUACAUUGGUCUGUUUUUAAAGCUUCAUGGAAAGCAGAUUGCAUCGGAGCCAAAGCUGAGGCAGCAAGCAGAAGAUAUCGUUGAAAUUAAUAGGAAUGGAUGGUUGCGAUGUCAAGAACUUAUCAAUCAAUCAACCUGCUUGAUAAACUAUUUCAAAAGUGCGACUCUUUGAUGAAUAUAAUGUUUAUGGAAGUUGUAUUUUAAUCCGAUGCUUUUGAUUUAAAUAAAAAAAGUAGAGAGGAA